AAGAGAUCAUUCAGCUGCUAUGAAUUUUGACCUACAUACCAAAAUCAAACAAAUUCUGAAAUAUUUAUUUUAAUAAUCUCUUAUAUACUCCGCGAUGGACGAAGAUGAUUUAGAAUUCGACCAGCCUAAAAAGAAAGGGAGCGCAAAGCAAGGACGUAGAUCGCGACGUCCUCCUGUUGAUGAUGACGUUGGUGUAGCUGAAGAUGAUAUGAUUGCAGAGACCACCCCAACAACAUCAAACUCUAGUAAGAAUCGUAGUGAUGGGCCACCGAAACCACAACGUCGCACAGGAGGAUGGGGAGAUGACAGUUCUAAAAGGAGGAGGGGAGGAGAUGUGGAGGAAGAUAGUAUGGAUUUCUUGGAUGAGGAUUUGGAAGAUGGUGAAAGGUUCCUGGCAAAUGGUGAAAGAUUAAAGCCCACUGCGAUAUCAGAUGAUGACAACUCAGACAAUGAUAUCCCUGUUAUACCAGACCUUGAUGAUGUUCAAGAAGAAGAUAUGAGCAACCAAGUGGCCCAAGCUCCAACCAUGCUUGUGAACAGAGUCUCCACAUUUCGGGAACUUGACAAUGAUCUCCUCAAGCAUGCAGCUUUUCUAACUCUGGAUAAUGAAAUAGAUCUCAAGAUUCUAGCACAGUGUUUAUCGUCCGAGGCUGAUGUCACGGAGGAGGACAAGCCAUGGGAUUGGGACCGACUUUUUACUGAGGUAUCAUAUGAUCUCACAACUGAAUGGGAAGCCAAUGAAGCCACGGAGGAACAGGACACAAAAUCAUAAGUACAUUGGAGGACUUUGUUCACUCGCAAGAGGUUCUCAUUCUCAAACAAGAGGACCUUACCCUCCAACAAGAGGACUUUUCUCUCAAACAAGAGGACUUCUCUCUCACUUGUUGAGUUCAUGAUACUCAAUAUUAUCAAAUACUUCUUUCACGGAUUCAGAAAUUGCUGUUGGAACAACUCAUAUUGAAAAUUAUAAUUAGUUAAACAUCAAACUGAGUCUCUUGUCCCCAUUGUAUAUAAUAUUCUACGAUCUUGUUUUAAGGGAGAAUGGGACACAGAAGCUUGUUGCAAAACUUAAAAAGGCUUGAAUACUCAGAGUGACUUCUCACUAAAAUAGUUCAAUUUUCACAAAAUAUGGAUGAAAAUGUGUGUAAUUUUUUCAAUGUUCAGUAAUGUUGCCAAAAUGAACAACAAACAUUGCAUAUUAAGAUAGAAAUAUGGCAAAAGAUAUGCUCUGGUAUUUAAAAGUUAAAAAAAUUGAAAAGCUCAUCAAAAAUAAUCUGUCAUACCAACACCAAGAACAUAUCAUUGGAAAGCAAAAUUAUGAUUAUGAAAUUAUAUUGAAGAAUAUUAUCGUUUGAUACUGAUUUGCAUAGGUUAUAUUUAAAAUGAUCAGAAAUCCCUCCAUUUGUUGUAUUGUUGUACUUUUGUGUAUAGGUAUGAUCCGAUGACAUACAUAUUGACUGUAUUUUAUCAUAGUAAUAUAUUAUUGUUUGUAUAUUUGAAAUAUAUGUAUAUA